ACAUAUAUCGCCAAGUAUCCCUGCCGUGAUAUCAGAUGUUUUGUUAUUUCAACAUUAAUAUACAUAAGUAAAUAGAGAAACCAGCUCUAGUCAAGGCGACCUUCUCACGUGGUUAGCUAAUGAAAUGCUCAAGACUUUUCUAAAUAAUAAAGCGAGUAUGCUUAAAUCGAGUGUAAUCUGCAUUCAUGCCCAUCGGAGAUGCUUGUCAUACUUCUCGAGUGCAUUCAACAAUUUAGCAAAUCAAGGUCCACAAAAUGUUCCCAGCCAAAGAAUCAACAAUUUGGAUUUAGAUGUCUUUGUCAACCAGGACCAUAAGCAAAUGGAUUUAUUGGACAAACUAAUAAAACUCAGAAAACAGAAGGAUUGCAGCGCUGUGCCGCUUCUGCCGAAUAUAUUGGCAAAACAACUAGUCGACUUUUCCGGCCCACAAGAUGCAGUCAACGUUCUGCGGAGCCCCUUGCAGUAUGGCAUAUUCAUUGACCAGUUCACAGGAUGCCAUUUAAUGGACCAAUUGCUACACGCUGGAAACACUAGGGAAGCGGCACAAAUUGCCGCUCUACUUGUGGAACGAGACUUAUGCAACAACGAGCUGGUCGCUGUGCUUUCCCUGAAAUCUUUUUACACCUUUUUAAAAGGCUACCAACCAAGUCCACAAGCAAAGGUUGAGGCGCCGGAAGUGGAAAAAGUUCGUGUUAAAUUUCUGCGCAACUUCGGUGAGAAUACAAAUGCGAAAUCAGAAGAAAAACAACUCGGCGAAGCCCUGAUUAAAUUGGGUUCCAGUGCGAGUCUAGAAAGGACACUUGGACAAAAUGUAUCCUUGCUUGGCUUUGUGCUGAGUGAGCGCUAUGCUGAAGCAGAAGAGUCUGUUAAACAGGACAGUGAGAUUUUAUAUAAGGACGUAUUGGAGGUGUGCCGUAAAAUAGUUGACGCCUUGGAGGCGCCAAGUAGUCCUGACUUUAAGAAUCUGCUGGACGAAGCUCUUAAAAAAUGUACAAAGUCUGAUGCAUUUGAUGAGCUUUUAGAUGACCGCGUUAAACAAUGUGCCGCCAGCUUUGAGCCACAGCUCAUGUCGGAAUACGCGAAAAGUUACCAAGAGUGGGACGCAAGGUUCCAACGCGCUGUGGAGGAACAGACGAAAGUCCAGGAUACAAUUACUCGUGUUGAGAACAUUCAAAAUACGUUGGAAACUUUAAAAUCGAUGCGGCAAAGCCUUUGGUUUUUUGAGAACAAAGAGGAUAUUGACAUACAAAUCUACAAGAAAAAGGUCUAUUAUCCCAAGCGCUGGUUCGGCAAGAAAAAGAAGCCCAAGGCAGUGGAUGCAUUCUACGUACCGCCAAACGUUUCUCGGGGUUACUAAUUGCAGCCAUUACAGCCCAGUUUUUUAGAUGUAAUUAAAGUACUGGCGAAAUAAACAAAGCUUAAAUGUUUGCUCUUUUUCG